GUCGUUUCUUGACACAGUUUCUAACAACGAUAUCUCCCAUCUCCAUUCUAUAUAUCUAAUUUGUACCCCACACCCCGUUCUAUCGAGUCAUCCAUCAUGUCCUUCUCCAACCCUCGAAGGACCACUCCGGUGACUCGCCCGGAUUCUGGUUCCGGAAAUGGCCUGAGCCUUAAGACGAAUCUGGCACUACAGAAAGGUGCCACUUUCCACUCUCCGUCCAGCCCAUCGGCCUCUACCUCGUUCAAAGUUCCUUCGCUACCUCGUCGUUCCCAAACCAGCCUCGAUGAUGUUGUUGGUGCUCACGUUCGUCGCGCUGCCCUGAACAUCGGCAAGUUUGAGGAUACCUUGUCAGCGGCCAAGGCCAAGUCUUCGUCGUCAUCCAACCCGUGUUUGGACGACUGUCUUCCUAUUCCUAGAGGUUUCUUGGACCACACCAUUGGAGACACCAUGUCGGAUGACGCUUCAUCCCAGGAGACGGAGCGGCGCGUAUUGCGCCCUCGCAACCGUCGCUCAUCUCGUAACCAUGAAUCCGACAGUGGGCUAGGAACAUCUAUUGCCUCCACCCACCAGAAGCGAAAAGAGGCCAAGACGUCUGGAACCACUGCCUCAGCUAUCACUCGUUCUGUCACUGCUUCAAAGACGCAUAAUAGUCAACGUCUUAGCGAACGAGCUAAGAACCGUAUUCAUGAACAUAUUCUGAAACCGUUAUUGAACGACCGUACACUCAAGGAUUUCCGACCCAUUGUCCUUGACUGUCCCAGAAGGAUCCAGGAGGCACAAAUUGUUUGUCUCAGGGAUCUCGAGAAGACCCUAAUCUUUAUGGCACCGGUGAGUCAACUAAUGAAAGACCCUGGCGUCUGUGGAGUUACUUACCGUUCGUUGUGGAUGAAGGAGAGAGCAAAGUCUGUCGAACUGUAUCGUGAUUUUUGCCUUACCUCAAUUCGAUGCAUCCAAGCGACCGUCGAAUACCUUAGCGACCGAGAGCAAACCCGACCUCACGACCGACCUUAUAGCAACGGUUAUUUCAUUGAUCUCGUCGAACAAAUCCGCCAACACGCACAACAGAUGCAAGAGGCUCGCAGUAGGCAAGCCGCCGGAGAAGAGCUAGGAGAAAUGGAUAUUGACCCGACUGAUGAGGUCAAGCUCAUGGGUGGCCUUACUACCAAUGGACGGCCCGCUGAGUUGGUGCGUGUGAAGAAGAACGGCAAAGCCAUCUCUAUUGCUACAGGCGAACCUAUUGAGGACUACGAGGAAGAAACGAAGGGUCCGAUUCGAUUUAAGCGAUCAAUGAGCGAGCAAGCUGAGGACGAGGAAGAAAUCAUGCGAUCCAUGGCUCGCCGAAAGAAGAAUGCUUCCCCUGAAGAGCUUGCACCUAAGAAAUGUAAUCACCCUGGUUGCAAUAAGGAGUUCAAGAGACCUUGUGACUUGACGAAGCAUGAGAAAACUCACUCUCGUCCUUGGAAAUGUCCCAUUUCCACCUGCAAAUACCAUGACUAUGGCUGGCCUACCGAAAAAGAGAUGGACCGACAUGUCAACGACAAACACUCGGCAGCCCCCCCUAUGUACGAAUGCCACUUCAAGCCAUGCCCCUAUAAGUCGAAGCGCGAAUCCAAUUGCAAGCAGCAUAUGGAGAAAGCACACGGCUGGACUUACGUUCGCACUAAGACCAAUGGUCAGAAAAAGUCGAGCAAAGCCGGCAGCUCCGCCCAGCCUACACCCCUUAUCAAAGGCCUACCUACUCCUAGCAGUGAUCAGACAGACUCUGUUAUGACACCUCCCGAGGACUCUCUCUUUGGACAGUACAACGAUCAUGACUUCCCGGCCUAUCCUUCAGAUCAGGAAUUCAACGCUAGCUUAUUCGAUCACCAGACGUUUGACGGAAAUCUUCAGUUGGACUUCUCUCCAAUUGAUAAUAGCACACCCUCUACCACUGACUCUGAUCAAUUCAACACCUACGAGGACCUCAGUCCUGAAUUUACCGGUCAAUUUGAGGAUAUCUACGGUGCUCAUGUACGAGUACCGACACCCGCAGACUCUCUAUAUAAUAAGGACGUGGGUGCGUUCGUUGGUCUUGCUGUGGAUAAUUGCCAACAAGACCCCUUGCCGCAUUUGUCUGCCGGCCAAGGAAACCACCUCAUGUUGACGCCGCCAACCAUGGUAGAUGAAGGUUUUGAGGAUUUCCAGCCCGCCAACCAGUUCGGCCAAGAUUUCCCUCUUUUCCCAGCAACUUCCAUGGAGAAGACCACUGAGUUUGGCAAUAAUCUUUUCGGAGCCAUCCCGCCCAGUCUUGCUGCUGGCUACAGCCAGCCAUCAUCCCAAGACUUCAACAUCGAUUAUAAUCCACAAAUGGAUUGGUCUGCCGACUUUCAGGGGUUCCCUAAUUAGUCGUAAGUGACCAGUGUCAGCUCCUGAGGUAGCUGUCGAAUGAA